AACAGAGACAACCAACAACCUUAAAAACUGGAGUUCCCUGAAACUUCCUCAAGAUCAGUCACUGCACAAGCAAAAGAAAUUCUUCUCUCUUUUUCUUUUUUUCUUUUUAUGUUAGAUCAGUAUUAAGCGUGUGUGUGUGUAUGUAUAUACACACACACAUAUAUAUAUAUUAAGCAUAUGGAAAGACAGCCACUUAAACAAAAACCUCCAUUGUUAAAAGCUUGACUUAAAAAAUUCCCCUCCAAAUAUAGAAAUUAACGAUUUAUUUCGAUUCAAAAAUCAUUCCUUUUCUGAUUCAUGGAUAUACCCAGUAUUGAAAAACCAAAAAAGAAUCUCGAUCAACCCUCAAUAAACUCUCAUUCACCGGCUUUUCUCUUACACAACAACGGUUUCAGUUCAUGUUUAGACAUUGAGAUGAUCGCCGUGAAAUCAGUUUCUUACAUCAGUUUGAAAGACUUGAUGCCGGCGGCGUCAUCUUCAUCGCAGUCGUCUCCGCCACAGCAAGCGGCAGCAGCGGUUAGUUCUCCGAUAAAGAGUAGUAAUUCGAGCUGGAACGAAAUACCCAUCAAGAACCCGCUGGUGAAACAGGCUGCUUUGGCUUACUUGCAGCCUAUGUCGAGCCCAUCGCCGGCCGGAGAAAAGGGUUUGUUGGAGAAAAUCAAAGACAAGUGUUGCGGUGAAUGCGGGUGUGUUUCGUGGAUAUACGAUGUCGUUUGGAGGAACAUCAAGGAAGUGUUUUGGGAAAGUAGAGAAGAUUUUAAUGGCGAUUAUUAUGAUGACGAUGAAGACGAUGAUAAAGUUGACUGAAACUGAGAUCGCAGGGGUCUUUUUUCCAGGCAGGUUGAGGUUUGACCGGUAGAUAUUGGUUUAAUUUGUAAAUAGAGAAUUUCUUUUUCUAUUUUCAUAUACUUUUUUGACUUUUUGCAUGUGCAAGUAUAGUGGAAAAAAAUAGAAGAAAUUAUUGAAAAAUUCAAUGUUCAAAGCUUCUUGAAGGAGAAUCUGUAGGGGUUUUUAAUUAAGAACUCAGUCCCUAGUCCCUAUUUUAAUAAAAAUUUGAUUUUUGUAUCUA